UCAUUAGUUUCCUGAGUUUUUAAACUUAGCAUUUAAAAUAGAAUAAAUUAAAGAAUUUCAUGGUCUUUUUAACAGUUGUUGAAAUGGUGUUUAAAGUGUUGGGAGACCUAUGUUCAAGUCUACACUCAAUCAGAAAAGCUCACUGAUUCAUUUCGAGACAGCCUCCACUUCUCAGAUCACAGGGUUGUUAUGGUAAAAUACAGAGUGAAGGCAGGAUGGAAAUCUAACAAAAAAUAAAAAUAAGUCAGUUUCAGCCAUAUAUAUCUUCUUUAAAAAUGAGAGUAGAACCAUCUAAAUGUACAAUUUUUGCUAAGCAUGAUUAGUUAAUGAAAAAUAUAAUUUCAUUAAAAUACUUUGUCUUUGUUUGUAGAUGGUGUUCUAGCACUGAAUGUAGAAUAAUACUUAUCUCUGGCAAAUUUCAGACUUCUGUAAGUGUGAAUCUUUUGGUCUUUUUCAAAAGACACACUGUUUUGGCGCCACAUGAGGGAUCAUGAGCAAAAUGACAAGCCUCAUCAGUGUGACCAAUGUCCAAUGUCAUUUAAUGUUGAGUUCAAUCUUACAUUGCACAAAUGUACUCACAAUGGGCAAGAUCCUAUGUGUCCUGUUUGCAACAAAAAAUUCUCAAGAGUGGCUAGUCUUAAAGCUCAUAUUAUGCUUCAUGAAAAAGAAGAGAAUCUCAUCUGUUCAGAAUGUGGAGAUGAGUUCACUUUGCAGAGCCAGUUGGCCCUUCAUAUGGAAGAACAUCGCCAAGAGCUGUCUGGAAGCAAAACCCAUAUCUGUAAAACCUGUAAGAAAGAGGUUGAAACUGCUUCCCAACUGAAGGAACAUAUGAAAACUCACUAUAAAAUAAGGGUAUCAAAUACCAGGUCAUAUAAUAGAAAUAUUGACCGAAGUGGGUUUACAUAUUCAUGUCCACAUUGUGGAAAGACUUUCCAGAAACCAAGUCAGUUAACACGACAUGUUCGAAUACACACAGGUGAAAGGCCAUUUAAGUGUAGUGAAUGUGGAAAGGCUUUUAAUCAGAAAGGUGCAUUGCAAACCCAUAUGAUCAAACACACUGGUGAAAAACCGCAUCCUUGUGCCUUUUGCCCUGCAGCCUUUUCUCAGAAAGGCAACCUUCAAUCACACAUUCAAAGAGUGCACUCAGAGGUAAAGAAUGGCCCUAUGUAUAACUGUACAGAUUGUAGUUGUAUUUUCAAAAGCUUAGGCAGCUUAAAUACUCAUAUCAGCAAGAUGCAUAUGAGCGCCACACAAAACACAACAAAUUCUACUACAGAAACAGCUCAUAUUACAACGGAUUCGGUGGCUCAGCCAUUGACGUUAACAACAGUUAAUUUACUGCAGCCUGUGGACAAUAAAUGGAAAAAUACAGAAAAUCCAAUAACUCCAGCUGUAGGACAUCAAGGUCAGCAAUCAGUAACUGAUGUCAUUCAACAACUCCUUGAAUUGUCAGAGCCAGUGGAAAACAAUCCAUCCCAGCCAUCUAGUCAGCAACUCAGUAUGGCUGUGGGAAUCAACAGAGAUAUUUUGCAGCAAGCCUUGGAAAAUAGUGGGCUAUCCUCAAUACCAGUUUCAGCAAACACUGACUGCAGUGAAACGAAGACUCCUCCGAGUCCAGAAGAAGCUGCAGAUGCUCAGAAUCUCUCCGGUCAUCAAGUCAACUCCAACAAUACGGAACAAGUUAAAGAGCGAGACAACCCAGAGAAAGUAGACAAAAAAGAAAAAAGGGUUCUGAAGAAAAAAUCCCCAUUUUUACCUGGUUCCAUACGUGAGGAGAACGGAAUACGAUGGCAUAUUUGCCCGUACUGCUCUAAGGAAUUUAAAAAACCCAGUGAUCUUGUACGGCAUAUACGCAUUCACACUCAUGAAAAGCCAUUCAAAUGUCCACAGUGUUUCCGGGCCUUUGCUGUGAAGAGUACUCUCACAGCACAUAUAAAAACGCACACGGGCAUUAAGGCUUUUAAGUGUCAGUACUGUAUGAAGUGCUUUUCUACCUCAGGAAGUUUGAAAGUACAUAUUCGCUUGCAUACAGGUAUUAGACCCUUUGCUUGUCCACACUGUGACAAAAAGUUUCGAACUUCAGGUCACAGAAAGACACACAUUGCUUCUCACUUUAAACAUACUGAACUGAGAAAGAUGCGGCAUCAGCGGAAACCUGCAAAAAUUCGAAUAGGCAAGAGCAAUGUGCCAGUACCUGAUAUUCCUUUACAGGAACCAAUCCUCAUCACAGAUUUAGGUCUUAUUCAGCCAAUCCCAAGGAAUAGCCAAUUUUUCCAAAAUUAUUUCAAUAAUAAUUUUGUGAAUGAAGCAGACCGGCCAUACAAAUGCUAUUACUGUCACAGAGCUUAUAAGAAGUCUUGUCAUCUUAAACAGCAUAUCCGAUCACACACUGGUGAAAAACCAUUCAAAUGUUCUCAGUGUGGAAGAGGCUUUGUAUCAGCCGGAGUGCUAAAAGCGCAUAUUCGAACCCACACUGGAUUAAAAGCAUUCAAGUGUCUUAUAUGCAAUGGAGCUUUCACCACUGGAGGCAGUCUGCGGAGGCACAUGGGCAUCCACAAUGACCUUCGGCCCUAUAUGUGUCCCUAUUGUCAGAAAACAUUCAAAACCUCAUUAAAUUGCAAAAAACAUAUGAAAACGCACAGGUAUGAGCUCGCCCAGCAGCUUCAGCAACAUCAGCAAGCUGCUUCCAUUGACGACACAGCUGUAGAUCAGCAGAAUAUACAUGUUUCUACUCAAAUGCAAGUGGAAAUUGAAAGUGAAGAGUUGCAGCAAACUGAAGCUGUUGCAACAGAUCAGGAAGCUAUUUUAGAUUUAGAACAGCAGCAGGUUGUUGACACUGAAGAAGCUGAACUCAGGCCACAAUUGACUGAUCAAUCAUUAGGUCAAGAGGAAGAUAGAUUUGUGACAUCCCAGCAUGCACUGCAAGAAAAUAUAAACCAGUUUGAGCAGGAAACUAUAGUACAGCAAUCAUUUGAUCAGCAAGGAUUAUCACAAGGUUUUACAGUUAAUGAUGGCUACAGUCAACCAAGUCAGUUUCCAGCAGUACAGCAGCUUCAGGAUUCAAGCACUCUUGAAUCUCAGGCUCUUUCAACAAGCUACCAUCAACCAAGUCUACUUCAGGUUCCUGCCCCCGACACUAUCAAUGUAGCUACCCGGUUAGUUCAAGAUCAGUCAUCAGACCUUGAGAUGCAUGCGCAGCGUUCCCAGUUUCUGGAAGAUAACGAUGAUCAAAGCAAAAGAUCUUACAGGUGUGAGUAUUGCAAUAAGGGGUUCAAGAAAUCUAGCCACUUGAAGCAGCACGUCCGUUCACACACUGGGGAGAAGCCUUAUAAGUGCCAACUGUGUGGCCGGGGAUUUGUCUCUUCCGGAGUUCUUAAAUCUCAUGAGAAAACACAUACAGGAGUUAAAGCAUUCAGUUGCAGUAUUUGUAAUACUUCCUUCACCACCAAUGGAAGCCUUACUAGACAUAUGACAACUCAUAUGAGUAUGAAGCCCUACAAGUGCCCAUUUUGUGAUGAAAGCUUCAGAACCACAGUUCACUGCAAAAAACAUAUGAAAAAGCAUCAAACAGUGUCUUCAACAGCAGCAACAGGUGGAGAGGUAGCAGGAGGGGACGAAGAAGAGGCAACAUCUGAAAAGACAAGCUCUCGAAAAUCUAGGCCGGGUGUUAUCACAUUCACGGAGGAGGAAACAGCUGAACUUGCAAAAAUUAGACCUCAGGAAAGUGCCACUGUCUCUGAAAAAGUUCUCGUCCAGUCUGCAGCCGAAAAGGACAGGAUUAGUGAAAUCAAAGACAAACAAGCGGAAAUGGAGGCUGAGCCAAAAUAUGCCAAUUGUUGUACUUACUGCCCAAAAAGCUUUAAAAAACCAAGUGACUUAGUUAGGCACGUACGUAUCCAUACGGGAGAAAAACCUUACAAAUGUGAUGAAUGUGGAAAAAGUUUUACUGUAAAGUCGACUUUGGACUGUCAUGUAAAAACACACACAGGUCAGAAACUUUUCAGCUGCCACGUAUGUAGUAAUUCAUUUUCUACAAAAGGGAGUUUGAAAGUUCAUAUGCGUCUACAUACUGGAGCAAAGCCUUUUAAGUGUCCACAUUGUGAGUUAAGGUUUCGGACUUCUGGCCGCAGGAAGACUCAUAUACAGUGCCAUUUUAAAUCAGAGGCCAAAAAAGCCAGGAAAGCUGGCUCUCGUGCUCCAGCCAAAGGUCUACAGCCAGUCAGUCUUCUGAAUUCAUCCACAAAUGAUCCUAAUGUUUUCAUCAUGAAUAACUCUGUGCUGACAGGCCAGUUUGACCAAAAUUUGCUCCAGCAAAGUAUCGUUGGUCAGGCUAUCCUUCCUGCUUCUAUGUCAGCUGGAGGUGAUUUAACUCUAUCCUUGACAGAUGGUAGUUUGGCCACCCUUGAAGGAAUACAGUUGCAACUUGCUGCCAACUUGGUUGGACAGAAUGUUCAAAUUUCUGGAAUAGAUCCUAGUAGCAUUAACAACAUUACUUUACAGAUUGACCCCAGUCUUUUGCAACAGACUCUUCAGCAGGGUAAUAUAUUGACCCAGCAGCUAACAGGAGAUCCCAGUUUGGCAUCUCAGAACUCCUCCCUACAGACAGCAGAAAGUACAGUGUCAGCAGCAAAUGUGGUAAUACAGCCUUUGUCAAGCUUGUCCUUACAGCCCAAUGUUACUUCUUCAGCAAAUAUGGCAAUGGCUGAGCAAGAAUCUGUAUUGGCUACAACUACUUCAGGUUCACAGGAUCUCUCUCAAGUUAUGACUUCACAGGGAAUGGUAUCAACUGCCAAUGGUCAACAUGAGAUUACGCUGACAAUAAAUAGUUCUGCUCUGAGUCAUGUUUUAACUCAUGCUUCUAGUUCAACCACUACCAAUUCAUCAGGAACCCCUCAAGAGAUCACCCUUACUAUAUCUGGCCAAGAUCUUAUCCAACACAUUUCCUCUGGCAACAAUGAGCUGAAUGGGAACCUACGAUUGGCAACACCUAAUAUCACUAAUCAAUCACCUUCUACCACGCUAACUAUAAAUAAUGAUCAAUUACUGUCUCAGAACCCAACGUUGAAUAGUUCUUCAGAACUCAACACUUCAAGCGGAAACCUUCCAACGACACCACCCUUGUCUCAGGCAGCUCAGAACCUAGUAAUGUCAUCCCCAGGUGUAGGAGGAGAUGGUAGUGUUACGUUGACCCUGGCUGAUACUCAGAGUAUGUUAUCUGCUGGUCUUGAUGCAGUGACACUUAAUAUCACUUCACAGGGUCAACAGUUCCCUGCUUUACUCACAGAUUCUACUCUCUCUGGCCAGACCAAUUCAAGUUCACAGCAGGUCAUCCUAGUCAGCCAUGCUCCACAUUCAGUACCUGCAAACCAUGAUGAAUUAACUUACCAGGUGAGUGAUGUUUCUCCACCUCUGUCAAAAGGUAUUCAAGUUGAAAAAGAGUCCCGCAUGCAUCAUUGUUUUGAGUGUAGUCAAACGUUUUCUUCAAUCACUGUACUAAUGCAGCAUAGCAAGGAAGUUCAUGGAAAGGAAAGAAUCCACGUCUGUCAUAUUUGCAGUAAAGCUUUCAAACGAGCCACGCAUCUGAAGGAGCAUAUGCAAACACAUCAGGCUGGACCAUCACCGAGUUCCCAAAAGCCAAGAGUAUUUAAAUGUGAUACUUGUGAAAAAGCCUUUGCUAAACCAAGUCAAUUGGAAAGACAUAGUCGCAUCCAUACAGGUGAGCGGCCCUUUCAAUGUACCUUGUGUGAGAAAGCUUUUAACCAGAAGAGUGCACUGCAAGUUCAUAUGAAAAAACAUACAGGGGAAAGGCCAUACAAAUGCGAUUACUGUACAAUGGGCUUCACCCAGAAAAGCAACAUGAAGCUUCAUAUGAAACGGGCUCACGGCUAUUCUUUAUCUUUUUACUAUGAUAGGUGCAAUGCAAGAAUCGACCAGUCAUCAAGGACAGGAAGGCGAAGACAUUAAUCGUGCCCUGAAUUUGGAAGAAGUUGUUCAAGAAUCUUCAAACGAAUGGCAGAGUAUAACCAAUAUUUUUUGAUGACUAUAAGAUGAAAGCUGCGAACGCUUUCAGGACUAGAUUUCCCCCCCCUUUUUCUAAAAAUAGUCAUCUGUGGAUUUUUACUAUUAAAGCGCAUUGCAAAUAAUAAGGAUGAUAUAGCUUUUUAAAUAUUAUGAAACACCGAAUAAAUUACCUGUCUUUUGUAAACAUAUAGAAUAUUUAAGAAACACCAGGCAAACUUUGCUGUAUUGUCUACAAUCAGUGAUCUCAGGUAGAUGGAACUUGUUUAUCUUUUCAUUCCACCAUAAGUGUAUUCUCUAAAAUGGAAAUACACCCAGACCUUGAAAUCAGUGAAAUAGUCCUUCUUGGAUGUUCUGUCAAUCAUGAGGAAUGUCUUGAGUAUUUGAAACAAAAUCAUAUGGGUGCCGUAGAUGAUGCAUGCUCCAGUGCAGAUAGUACAUGAUCUAAGGCUGUUUAAGACCUUUAAUUGGUGUUGGCAGAUAUGUCAGGAUGAUAGCUCGUAUUCAUUUCAUUUGAUGAGUGCUAUUAUUUCUUCCCUUUAAACUCAGCAAUAAUUCAAAGGAACACUUAACAACUGCGAUUCCAUGAAGUAAAUGAUGAACGCAUAUAUUUUCAUGUGGAUCUUUCAGCAGAGAAACUUUUGCUGAAUAACUAUAAAAAAUAAGCCAUAUAUUCAAGAUGGUAGGACUUAUAAGAACAAUAUAUUCCUUAAGAAGAUCAAAUUAGCUGCAGAUUAAGUUACAGCACAGUCAUUCUGAAAGAUAGCUUCGGAUUAGAAGUCCUUGUUAAUAUUGUCAUCAAUUUGUCUUGAGGGUUAUAAAAUUUUUAAAGACUACCUAGGCUUUUUCAGUAUUACUCUGAAAGGUCCCAUUCAUUCGAAAGAGGUAUAAUCAUAUCAAAAAGACCCACAUUGGAAAUAAAGCAUAAGUUCUGUUUUAGACAUUCCAAAGACAGAAGAAUCUUGCUUAAUUUUACGUUGAGAUUUUAAAAUUUCUUUAUAUGUUAUAUAUAUGUAUGUGUGUAUAUAUACAGAUAUUUAAGCCUCUGUGUGGCUGAUGAGUAUAUUUUGUAAAUAAUAAUUCCUGUUUCAAGAAGUGUUCAUAAAGUUUUCAACUUUAGAUGAACAUUUCAAAAUCAGUAUUGAUUCAUUUUAAUGCAAUGUAGACAUGUUAUAUCUUUAUGAAAAUAUUAUUGCUUUUAAUUUGUUUCUCAGUUCCAGAAAAAAAACUAUCUGUACAUAUAAUUUAUAUUUUGUGUAUUAUAAGACUAGUACUUUCUAUUUCCAAAAAAAAAAAGGAAAAAUCACUGUUUUUGAUAGGACAUCUCAUAAUUCUUUUGUUAACUCUGGACAUAUGUAUAUAAGUAAUAUAGCUGGUGACUUGAAAAUAACACUUUUGUUAUGUGGAAAUAUUUAAGUCAAACAUGUUGAAUAAUAUUAAUUUUUUUCCAAA